UGUACCCUCUCUUUCUAGUACAAAAUUGUCAUAUUAUUCCACCUUCCGAUCCAUAUCCAAAACCUAGAGAGAGAGAGUUUCAUUCGAUUUAUUAGUGUGAGAGUUACAAUUUCAAUCCCUCUCGCUCUCGGCGUUGGAUCCAAUGCACACAAACUCUCUCCCAUCUCAUCUGCCUUUCCAGUUACACCGAAAAAUUACUCCAUCGUCGAAAGACUUUCAAGAAACUCAAUCUUUCGUAGGGUUAUGUAGCUAAAACAGUUUCCCUUCUUUCCUCUACCUCUAAAAGUGAAGCAAAGCUCUCACAGAAAUACCAGAAAACCCAACCCGAUUGGGAAUAGGAAUACCAGAGUAAUGUGAAUUCGAUCGGUCGGUCAUAUUUAUAUCGAUCAAUACAUCCCGUAUAUUCUAAAUUCCUUUCUUUCUUCCCACCCACCAUUGAUUCCGAUAUCUCCUUUCCGUCUUCUUCGUCUUUGCAUGAUCGUCGUUCAUGGAGUCAAACCUAGUCGACCGGAUCUCCGUCUUCAACGUCUCGAAUUCACUCAAACAAGACCGGAGCGAGAAACCCAUGUCGGAGUUUCGAUCCACGCCGUCGGAUCACGAUCAUGCGCCUCAUGAUCAUCAACAACAAGAACGGUCCAAGAAACAACAAACAAAGCAGUCCCAGAACAUUACACCAGAUCACAUUAACACCCCGGCAAAACAAGACCGCAAGAAGCCGCCGCUGCCGGGGGAAGAUGAAUCGUCGACGAACGGCAAGGAUGUCAUGGAUGAGGACGACGACGGGUUCAAAACGCCGACGUCUCUGGAGCACAAAAUCCCGCCGAUGACAGAAUGUCCACCAGCGCCGCGAAAACCGUUUCUAAAGAGAAGGCGGUCGCCUUCGCCUCCGCCGCCGGCUGCUCGCAGAAAGGUUCAGUUUACUCAAGCACAACUGAAUGAUAUUUUCUCCAACUUUUUACUCGUCCCGGAUGCGCGCGCCAAAAUCAAGAAAGCCAGACGAUCAGAGUGAUUAAUUAAAUUGUUCGAUAUUCGUCCAUCCAUAUUAUUCAUGAUCUUGGUUAAAGGGAAGGUGACGUAUUAAAGUUGGAAAAAGAAGAAAGAAGAAGAUUUUAUGUUCUUUUGUGCUCGAGGUGUUAUUCUCUUCUUCUACUAAAGAUAAUGAGACUGAAGAAAAAUACAAAUUAUUAUGUUUCGUACAAACGAAAGUUUAGUUCUUUGCAUAA